AUUUCACGUGCAAAUUUCUCAAAGCUCCAAACUCCCAAACUCAACAACAAAACGCUCAACCAACACAACAUCUCAACUCAAACCACACAUCAAACCCCAGAGAGAGAUAGAGAUAUAGUGAGAGAUCGAAUACAAGCUGCCCGUAAAUGCCAACGGUCGAGUUUCUGGCCGGCUUGGUCUCUGGCGCUAUCAGCACCGUAGUCACGCAUCCGUUCGACACGGUCAAGGUGAAGAUGCAGGUGACGACCGGCCGCGCUGCGUACAAGGGCAUGCUGCACUGUGCCGUCGACAUUGUGCGCACGGAGGGCGUCCUGGCCCUGUACAGCGGGAUGGUCCCGCCACUGCUCGCUCGGCCGUUCGUCCAGGCCGCGGGAUUUGGCAUCAUGGGCGAGCUGCGCAGCCUCAUGAACGUCUCCGUCCAGGACGGCUCACUCAAGCACGUCUGCACAGUCUCGCUCGCGGGCGGCCUCACUGGCGUAUCGCUGGCCGCGCUCAUGUCGCCGGUCGAGCUGGUCAAAAUCAAGCUGCAAGAGCAAGGCCGUUCUGCACAGGCCGGCAACCCGACGAACGAGGCCAGUCCAGGCUCAAGCACAAGCACGAACACGACACACAACGGAAACGCUUCGUCCAGUGCAAAGGCGUCGCAGCGCCAGUACAGCACCUGGUGGUCGAAAGCCAGCAGCAGCAGCCCCAACCGGUUACUCGGCUCAGCUCCAUCCGCUCCAUCCUCCUUUGUUGGAUCGUCGCCACAAACGGCAGCAACUGUACUUCAAAAUGCAUCGAAGCAACUCCGGCCAUUCAGUUCUGGCCCAGCUGCAGAGCUAUCAGAGCCGCCCUAUGCAGGAACGGCCGAUUGUGCCAAGCGAAUUUUUGCCCAACACGGUGUUCGGGGACUGUUUCAAGGCAUGUGGUCGACCUGUCUGCGCAAUGGGCUCGGCUGGGCGUCGUUCUUUGUUGUGUCUGACAUUUGCAAGCUCCGAUUCCAGCCAGAAGGAGGAGCGCAGCCUGCAGGCGCGCGCGUCGCGAGCGCUGCUGCUCAACCGCCACCAGUCAAUCCUCCCCCAGUAGAAGCCACGCAAUCCACCUGGAAGGACGCACUAAGAAAGGCGAAAUCCCUGCUAGUCAAACCAAAACCCAGCAUAGACAACGAGGUCAUUGUGACCAGCGGCGGCCAGCUUGUAGUUGAGUUUGUCAAGCACCCCGCAGUGCCGGGACUUGCCACACUCCCCGAAGCACCACCGGCUCGUUUCGGCAUCACGACGCUGCUCGUGUCUGGAGGUCUGGCGGGGCUGGCAUCUUGCAUGAUUGCUAUGCCAGCAGACUUGAUCAAGUCUCGAAUGCAAGUGCAGUCGUUUGCUGCCCCCAAGUACACGAGUAUCAUGGACUGCGCACGGCAAAGCUGGGUCGAAGGCGGGUGGCGUGUAUUCUACAAAGGCCUCUACCCGGCAGUAUUGCGCAAUGUCAUUGGCAGUGCUGCAGUUUUGUUGGCGUAUGAGGAGACUUUGCAUCUUCUUCAUCGCUUUGAUGCUUAGAUUGGGCAAGCGAAUACACUGUACUUAAUUUGCAUAACACUUUUUGGC